UUCCUCUGGCGGAAAAGCAAUCAAUCUCCAUUGUACGGCAACUGCGGGAGGAUUUUCCUUUCGACACAAAGAAGCGACAAAUUGUGUGAUUUUGCGUGAUUUCAGUGCUCAGAGGCGAAAGUCCGCGAGGCAAGCAAGUCCCCUAAGUGAUUAACAUUGUGAUACAUCGUCCGCCCAGGGAGAAAUGGCGCUGAAGACGUUUGCUCUGCUGCUUCUGGUAGCGCUCGCCGCCCAGAAAAUCCAAGCCGCGAGCGAUACGGAAGCCUUGCCAGUGAUUCCGGACAGCAGCACGAGCACCACGACUCCCCCGCCAGAGACAACAACGCCGACAACCACGGAAUCCACCUCGACCACCACGGAAUCCUCCACCAGCUCAUCUACCACCACUUCCACCACCACCACGACUGAGCCGCCGACGACCACCACGGCCGCCCCGCCGCCGCCCACGCCGCAGCCGGGCCCCGUGCCGGCGCCGGACAUGGGCAAGUGGCAAUUCAAGAACGCCACCACCAAUCACACGUGCAUCCUCGUGCAGAUGGCCGUGCAGCUGAACGUCUCCUACGUGCUGACAGAUAACAACACGCGGAAGAUUCUGUACAAUUUGCCAGCCAACGACACGACAGUUGCUUCUGGAUUCUGCGAUGGCGAGAAGAAUGUUCUGCAGUUGGUGUGGAAGAAGUACAGCACGGUGAAGCUCACGUUCAGCGUGAAUAACACGGUCAAGGAGUACGAGCUCACGGAGCUGCGAUUUGAUCUCAAUGCCUCUGACAUCUUCCCGGGCGCUAAAGCUAAUCAGUCGCUGACGUUGGUGCACAAGAAGCAUGAAUUCAUCACGCCGCUCACGAUGUCGUACCACUGCACGCGCGCCCAGGCGCUCAAUCUCACGUCGGCCGAGGCCAGCGACGAGGUGACGGUGCUGGGUCAAGCUCUGGUGUCGCGUCUGCAGCUGGAGGCCUUCCACACGCGCGACUCGGACGCAUUCUCCACCGCCAAAGAUUGCGAUGCCAUCGACACGCCAGACAUUGUGCCAAUCGCGGUUGGAUGCGCCCUCGCCGGGCUCGUGGUCAUCGUCCUGAUCGCCUAUCUGGUGGGCAGGCGCAGGGCUCAGGCGCGCGGAUACCUGAGCAUGUAAGCGGCCGGAAGAGAGAGAGAGACAGUGAGAGAGCAGCGAGGAGAAUAGUCCACCCGUCAUUUAAUUCCCGAAUUCCUUCACAAGAAUUGGUUUUAUUUCAACUGCGAGAUAUGCGUGUUUUCCUCUGUCAAUUUUAACAGACACCGCGAGGUGAAAGAAGAGCGAUAAAUUUAGUAUUCCUCAUGAGUGAUUGGCCCACAAGAUUGGAUGCUGUAGCGAGCGAAGCCGAGAGACUAGCUGUAGAUUUUUUAAAAAGUCAAUAAAUUGGUUGAGAUUGAGAGAAA